AUGGAUGAAAAAAAUGGAGAAGUAUUUGAUCAUCAUGCAGAGCUAUUUGCACAAAUUGGAAAUGUUACUGAAAAUGAAUCUUUAAGGGAUUUUUUAAUAAGUCCUACAGGAAUGAUAGAUCACAAUAGUACUGCCAAAAAUUUUUCCGUACCUUCUGCUCAGAUUGGCAGCACUUCUCAUGAUAAUAUGUGGUCUCAUGGUUAUGGAUGCAAUCAGCCCUCGGGGCUUUUAUUAAACCAUACCAGAACUGGGUUUAAUUUACCUUUAUCAGUUUCACAAUUAGACAUGCCAUCAAGUGUAAUAGAGAAUUCUAAUAUUUUGCUGGAUAAUUUGGUUAAAAAUAUUCCUUUAUCAAGCAAUACUCUAAAUCCAUAUGCAUCUGCAUCUGUGCCCAAUAAAAGUGUCAAUAUAGAUUGCAGGACUGUUACAGAUAACUCAAAUCUUCUUCCAAGCACUCUUUUCGGUGGAAUGUGCGGAAAUAAUUCGGAAAAAGUUACCCAAGACUUUUUAGGCAAUUAUAAUAAACUGGAGUCUAGUGAUAUGAUAGUUAAAUGCAGUGAAUAUGAAAAUGUCGCAUGGAAUGGUAUAGUUUGUGAUUCCAUAAAUAACAUAAAUUUUCAUUCUCAGAAUCGAUUGAGUCAUAGUUUUCAAAGUUCAAUUGAUAAAAAUGGAAACUCUGCUUUAUUUGGCAGUACUCAUGAUAAAAUUAGCUGUGGUUCAAAUUCAUCGGAACACUUUAUUCAAAAUAAUUUUAUGACUAGGUUAAGCCCCAGUGCAAGUGUUGAAACUAGUGUUCGUACUCCAGCAACCAGUUACGAAAGUGCAAGUCCUUUAUCGAGUAAUAGAACACCCAUUAGAAGUGAUGAAAGUAUUAGCCCUAUGGGUAGCGGUCAUACUCCUCUUAGGGUUGAAGAUAGUACAAGUCCUUUAACUAACAUAAAAACUCCAUUAAGAAUAGAAGAAGGCAGCCCUUUAGGAAGAACACCACUCAGAGUAGAAGAAAGCUAUAGCCCGAUGGGCAGCAGCAACAAUCUUUUGACUUCCAAUAGUCCUAGUCAUAAAAUAAAUGGGCCUGUUCAGGGCUCAGAAACUUACCACAACCCACCAUGUAGCUUGAAAAAAAUAGAGGCCAAAAGUCCUUCGUCAAAUUUACAUCAAACCAAGCCUAAAAUUGAAAAUCCAGAAUCUAUGAUUGACUCGCCAGAAACGUCAAAAUUGAUUGAAGAAUCAAUGUGCUCUCCUAAAAAGUCAGAUGAAAAAUUAGACUUGAAUUUAACUGGUUCUACGAAAUCCGAUGGUUCGUCUGUCAAAGAAAUAAUUAGGCAAUUUUCAAUUCCGUUUUCUGCCGAAAAGCGCGUAGAUGAUUCUUUAAACAGUAAAAAAUCUGUUAAGCGGACGUUAUCCGAUAAGAGUGACUGUGAAUUUUACCUAACUAGUUCCUCUGGAAUAGAAAAAGAAGGAAGUGAUUUAAAAACUUUGCCGAGAAUAAAUGAAGCCUGUAGUGUUAAGACUGAAUUUUUGAAUGUACCUGAAGUAGAAACAAAUAAACUGAAUGUCGAUGCUCAAAAUAUAUCACAAAUGGAUAGAGUUUCAUUCGGUGAAGAAUUUUUUAGUAAAUCGAAGAGACGGCGAAAAAAAUCUGACAACAAUUCAAAUUUACCCAAUACGAAAAGAAGGAACAGGAAAAGAGUUACUAUUUACCAAAGUUUAAUGUCUCCAGAAGAAACUGGAAUCAAGUUAAAAAUCAAAGUGGCCUCUGCUUUUCAACGAGUGAAACCUCAGAAAAAGCGAAGGAGCAAAAGGCAAUUUUGUUCGGAUGACGAGGAAGACGGUAAAUCAAAGAGGUGUAAAAAAGUGGUCAGAUUUUCAAAUCACUCUAAAGAAUCCGAAGCUGAAGAACAGACUGAAUGGGGAAAUAAAUUACCCCCAAAUAUAUUACAAAAAAUAUUUCACUACGUUGUUGAGGAUCAAGGAUGUGUGCCUUCACUUGUUAGGUUAUCUUUUGUUUGUAAAUCUUGGAACACUGUUGCUAAUCAGCCAGAGUUGUGGCAAAAUAUCGACCUAUCUAGUCCGUAUAUAAAGCAAAAAUGUAAAAUAGAUAGAUAUUUUAGGUGGUUGUUGGAAAAUCGUUUAGAAAAUAUACGCGAAUUAAAUUUAAGUGGAUGGAAAUUUUCAAAUAUAACAAUGGUACUGAGUCUGAUUGGAACACAUUGCACCGAUAUUGAAAGCAUCGGAUUAGGGGGUUGGCAGGGUUUGCAUUACGAACAUUUAAAAUCCCUUUUGCAAGACUGUCCGAGACUUAGCAAAUUAGAUUUAUCAGACGUUAGUCCCGAGUCAAAAAGUGCAAAUAGUGCGGUGUCUCAAAAAUCAAUCACGUUUUUAACUCAGAGUAUGGGAGAAAGAUUAACGCAACUUAUUUUGGCUCACAACACCCUCACAUGCCUUCCGCAAAUAAUUAGCAGUUUAGCAACUCAUUGUCCCAAUCUUCAAGUGCUUGAUCUAUCGAAUAUAAGAAGAGUUUCUCACACGGAAUUUGCUCUUAACAUUGAACAUCUUCAGGAAGGUUGUCAACAAUUAAAAGUUUUAAGAAUCACGAAUAGUUGCAUCACUUUGGCAAACGUACCUUUAGAAAAGCAGGUGGCAUCACCAGGUUUCACCAAUUUGGAAGAAUUGAGCAUAGCAGGUCAUCAAGGAACUGAAAGUCUUCGUAUCACUUCCGUCAUGGAUGAUAACUGCUUGGAAAGAAUACUCAAAACUUCUCACAAACUCAAACUCUUGGACGUAAGAGGUUGUACGCGUAUAACGGAUUCGAGUUUGGUACGAGUUCCUGCUUGGGAUAUUCAACAUUUGUUUUUAUCAGGUUGCUAUGUCACUCGUCAAUGCGGAUCCGGCCUUGAACUCAUUGCGCAAAAAUGGUGUCACAGUUUGGUCGAAGUUGACUUGGCAUGGACGACAGUCACCGAUGAUUUGAAUGCAGCUGUUAUGGCGUUUGCGGAAAAGGGUUCGGAGUCUCCUCUCAGAGUGAUGAAUUUAUGCGGAUCGUCUGUGACUUUGGAGCCCGUUAAAGCAUUGUUAAGUAAAUGCAGUAAUUUGGAAUCGUUAAAUCUUCAAUCUUGCCGAGGACUUCCCAGGGGAGUCAAAAGAUUGUACGAAAACGAACAACUCAUCGAACUCAGAAACAUGCUCGAUAAAAGGGAUUCCGGUUCGGAAAGCGAGGAUAGAAGAGAAGGAACAGAAUACGAAGGAAGAGGAAGGGGAUCAUCCCCCCCAUUGUAUAGUACAAAUAGUAAAAACGAGGAUUUUGUAACUUAA